CUACAGUAAAUAUUUGUGUUUGCUCAACCGGCUGUAAUGGUAGAGGACUGAGGCAGUAGAAACGGAAUACAACUAGAGUGAAGCAAGAGAGAAGGAACAUACAGACAACGGUUUGAAAGUCUGUAGCACACGGACACGGGCUUUUCGUCGAAACAUGGAUGAACUCAAACAUCAAGUCAUGAUUAACCAGUUCGUCCUGACGGCGGGUUGUGCGGCAGACCAAGCGAAGCAGCUUUUACAGGCGGCACAUUGGCAGUUUGAGACUGCCCUCAGUGUCUUUUUUCAAGAAACAAAUAUUCCAUACGGCCAUCAUCAUAUGAUGUGCACCCCAGCCAACACACCAGCGACGCCCCCUAACUUCCCCGACGCGUUGACCAUGUUCUCCCGGCUGAAGGCGUCCGAGAGCUACAGCGCAGGAAGCCCCGCCUCCAUGGCCACCUCCCCCCCGCCCCCCCAGGUCGGAGGCUGGGGGGUUUCACCAAACGUACCUAAUGUGCCGCAACCUCCACUGGGACUCUGGACUCAGCCCUCCACGCAGCCCUGCCCCGCCUGGCCCACGGGCGUCAACCCCCACACAGGGGUGGAGCAGAAAGUUAGCGUAGCCAUGGAGGCCGAGAGAUGAAGGGCAGCACGGGACUGAAACAACUCCCCUUUUCCUGGGGAGGGAAACAGGGAGGGGGGGGGGGGGAGUAAAGAGGGAGGGAGAGGAUAGUGGGUAGAAAUGGGUUUUGGUCUUUGUCCCAGGAGUGAGACGGAAACUACGCAAAAACCAAGAAAACUCAACGUGGACAUUUUAAGAAGAGGGGAGGAACCAAUGCAAAUGUCAAUACAAAAAAAUAGAAAAAUGAAAUGCACACACACAGUAAUAAGAGAGAGGUCUUUGUUAGUUUUCCUAAGUAAAUGCAUAGAUAAGAUAUUAUUGAACUUAAAAAACAUGUUUAAGAAAUCGUCACGCCCAAGGAUUCUAUGUGUUCGAGGACAUUCAAGGCAGCAACAGUCAUCUUCUGUUUUAGUUUUGAUCUUUUUUUCAGCCAGUGUUUGUUUGUUUUUGGCCACUGGUGUUUCUGUGUUUCUGUGCUGCAUGAGGAGAGGGGGGACUUGCUUUGAGACGUGUUUUGAGAUGGACUCAAACAUCAACACGCACUUGAGUGUGUACGCAUGUGAGCGGGUUUGUAAUCAAAAAAUGUAUACACACACAUAUAUAUAUUCGCACACACACACACACGAAUACACACACAUUUAGAGUUUAGAGGAAACACCUCCAUACUGUCAUCCCCAUCGUCAAAGGUGGGGCUUUUCUUACCUCACCUGCUGGUCACCUGACUUCUUUCAGCCAAUCAGGGAUUCUUAAACCAAGCGUUGCCGCCGCAGGAUGUUUUUAAAGGUUUUUGUUUCUUAAAGGCAACAGCUUUAUGCUAACUGAUCCUGGCUUUUCUUCGGACACAGUUUGAAUCUCCGCUGUAUACUUUUUCCAGAAGAUUUGGGUUAUUACAAGAAAAAAAAAAAGUGAGAAAAUUAUGGUUUAAUAUAAUAUCGUUUAUAAUGUUCUGUUUUUGUUCAAGGGGUAAGGGAGGUGGCUUUUCAAUAAAUGGGGUGGGACUUUCUGGUUGAUUUUUUUUUUUUUUUUUAAGAGUGAAUCAAACGCAGCUAAAAACAGCUACAGAUUUAUAAAAAAUUGUUUAAAAAAAACUGCUCCAUCUUUGUAAAACAGAAUUGCCACUUUGCAUGAUGUGUUCAUAACGUGUACAUGAGGUCGAGGUGUCUUUAUGGGAGGGGGGGGCGGAGUUAAGGGGGGGGGGGAUGUGGGUCUCAUAGAUUAGCGUUUCUCUACAAAGAGUCACUUUGAGGCGAAAUUGGAAAAGGGUCUUGUUAGAAAUGAGAAACAAAGGAAAACAGGUGUGGGGCAGCUUCGGGGAGCCCACCACCAAAUAUUUGGGGCCACUACAGACUCCUUCAGAUAUACAUUAUAUAUAUUUACCCUCAGAUGCUGUACUACAGAGGGGGGGUUUCCAACAUCUCUCAUUUGACCGGUCCCUGGUCCAUUGAUACCGCAGAGGGGCGAUUCAGGGAGGACCCUGAUAUACGGCAAUAUUUAAAAAAACAGGGUCUGCUCCGAUUUAGUUUCUCCUGCAUUAUUUUUCCAUUUGAUAUAAGAGUAAUAAGAGAUAUUUUAAAUAGAUGAGGGUCCUUUUCUCAAAAUUAUGGAUAUAAUACUGAAUAAAUAAGCAACUUCCUUUUUUAUUAUUAUUUAGAAUAAUGUUUGAGUUCAACCUUUUCCAUGCUUCAUACUUUAUUUGGUUAAAUCAGAGAGCGUUUCUGGGUGGGCUUGUUCCUAAAUGGUUUCUCAUGUAUGUUUCCCCCCACUUGUAUGACUGUAUGAGACCAUUCCCACAAUAUUUGUGGACUACCUGAUAAUUAACUUAUCAUUUUUGUGAACCUAAAUAAAUAUUGUAUGUCAACCUAA